AACAUGUCGUUGACAGGCUGGGUGUACUGGUCACGUAGAUAGAUCAAUCAUUAUGUUUGCUUAUCUGUCGGAAUAUUCGAUAUUCUGCUUGAAGUGUAGAAACACGUGAUUGUGAGGAGUACUGGAAGUGUAAUGAUCGAGGUGGGAUGCUAGUGACUAGAUUAGUUUAAGCCAAAAAAAGACAACACCUAACAGGAACCUGUGGUUUAAGAAGAGGCUCCAUGUGAUUAAAAAACGAGGAACUCAUCAAGUGAAAGCUUAACGGCAUCAUGGGCAUUUCAACCUACUGCAUGCAUCAGCUUCUGUUCUUGGCGUGUCUGGUCUGUUGUCUCACAUCUGGUUUAUUCACCACCUAUGGAACAAUAACCCCACAAUCCCCACAAGUGGAAAUUGGGAAGAAUUUCACUGCCACCUGUGUGCUCUACGAAACUGCUGAAAGCACCGCAGACGAUAUCUUCUGGACGUGUAAUGGCAAAGUGCCUGAAGAGCUGUACACCAAGAUAAACGACUCCGCUGUUAGCGUGACCAUAAAAAUCACACCAGAUACAUGCAAAUGGUUAAUUUGUAAUAAACAACCCCGCUACGUGAACCAAACUCCAGCAAUCCAUGGGAUUAUGUUGACCAAGGGAUAUCCCCCUGAGAAGCCUAACAAUCUGUCCUGCAUGGCUGUUCAGUCUGGCCAGAAGAUCUCCCCCAUUUUGAACUGCUCGUGGGAACCUGGAACCAGAGACGAGUUGCUGAAAACCAAUUACACCCUUCAUACCAGCAGUGACUGUUUCAAGACACUUAGCAACAGUUCUCAGAAAAGCAUUGGAUACAUCAACAUGGAAACCUUUCCAAGCUAUUGUGAGCUGAAAAUCUGGGUGGAGGUAGCUAACAGUUUGGGGAAGGUUCAGUCAGAAACUCUGACAGUUGGUGAUGCUAAUUAUUUGGUGAAAACAAAUCCGCCAUUGAACGUCCAUAUCUAUUCAGAAAAUAACUUCCCGAGGAGUCUCUUAGUGAAAUGGAGGCGCCCUAUCGAAAAACAUUUUUUCAGACUGAAAUACAACAUCCGUUUCUGCGCAGUGGGUUCUGAAGACUGGUCUGAGGUACCCCCAAACGACACGGAAAGCGACGUGGACUCAUUUCGUCUCCAGCACCUCAAGCCGUAUACAGAGUAUGUAGUGCAGGUGCGAUGCAUGCAUUCCAUUGGCCUAGGCUAUUGGAGUGACUGGAGUGCCAACGCCACGUGGUGGACACCCGAGGACAAACCUUCAAGUCAGCCAGAUCUGUGGAGAGUUGUCAUUCCCAGCCAAGGCAAAAGUGAGCGCAGAGUGCAAGUGAUGUGCAAGGAUCCCGUGGAGUCUAAUGGGAGGAUAAGGAACUACAGCAUAAAGAUCCAGGAUGGAGGCCGGAAAACCGUGCUGGUCAACCGCUCCGAGACAGAAUCUCGGAAAAUAAUCCCCCUGUACCAGUUUGUCCUGCCUGACGAUGGAGAGGCCCUCAUUGAGCUGGAUGCCUGUAACUCUCGUGGCAUGUCUCCCCGAGCUUCUUUGACCAUUCCAAAAUUCACUCAUGAGCCCCCUUCGGUGAAGUCCCUCAGCUGGUUUACCAAGGAGGGGAGGUUGUGGGUGGAGUGGGUGCCCCACAGAGGGAAGGCCAGGGACGUGACGGAGUACAUCCUGGAGUGGGUGUCGGUCAGUGACGGCGCGCUGGACUGGCAGAGGGAGCGCAAGAACGGCACAAACAAAAGCCUGGCAUACAUUCGAGGUAACCUUGAGAAGUUCAAGCGCUACAGUAUUUCCGUGUAUCCCAUGUACUCUGGAAAGACUGGGAAACCGUGGACCGAGCCGGCCUUUUUGGACCAAAAAGCUCCAAUGGUGGGUCCCGUCGUGAAUGUGAGUCGCUGUGGGAAGAAUGACGCUGAACUGCGGUGGAUGGAGAUUCCCCUGGACAAACAGCAAGGAUUCAUCACCAACUACACCAUCUUCUACACCAUGGGGAAACAGGAACAAUCAAUCACCGUCUCCGCCGAUACGUACUCCUACACCCUGAAGCACUUGACCAGCGGAAGCAAGUACGUGGUGAGGGUCAUGGCGUCUACGGUGGCAGGCGAUACGUUUGGCCCCGAGUACACCUUCAACACUCUGGAGUACGCUCCUGGAGAGAUAGAAGGCAUUGUGGUGUUGGUGUGCCUGGCCUUCCUGUUCCUCGUCGUGUCUCUGGUGGUCACCUGCAUAUUAAAAAUGGAGAGGAUAAAGAAGAAGAUCUGGCCUCCCGUUCCAGACCCUUCCAACAGCACCAUCGCCAACUGGUCUCCAGACUUCCCAUCGAAAGCUGACCCGGUCUCCAAGGAGAAUGCGCUUGGCGACGUGAGCGUGGUAGAGGUGGACGUGUUCGACGGUAGGUCACUGUGCGAGGAGGACAAGGCGGGCCUGCCGCUGAAGAAGGACAAGUACCUGUCGGAGGAGCACAGCAGCGGCAUCGGCGGCUCGUCCUGCAUGUCGUCGCCGCGCCAGAGCGUCUCGGACAGCGAUGAGGGCGGAGACUCCGGCCAGACGACGGCCAGCACCGUCCAGUACUCCUCGGUGGUGGCGUCCAGCGGCUACAAGGGCCAGACUCCCCAGCCCUGCUCCUCCCAGGCCCAGACGCCCAGCUUCGCCCGCUCCGAGUCCACCCAGCCCCUCCUGGAGAGCGAGGAGCAACCAGAGGGUCAGGAGGGCAGUGGGCAGCCCCACCUGCGACACCCGCGGAAUGCUUACUUCAGACGCUUGCCUGGCGGGAGCAGCGACGACGAUGACAACAACAGCGGAGACCCGGGGGACUUGAACCAGCUUGAGAUGGAGGACCAAGGGUUGACCCUGCUCCAGUUCUCCCCACUGGAGGAGGGGUCUCAGCAGACCACGCCCACGGAGGAGGGCCAGACACCUGAUGGACAGCUAGACCCGAUCCCCAGUUACCUGCCUCAGCUGAGAGGCUACAGGCCUCAGUGAGAGGGGGGGGGGGGUGUAUGGUGGCCUGAGUUUCAGGUUUCACGCUUUGUUUGCCGUGAUUCCUCCUUUUGUGCCUUUGUUCAUAUGAAACGUUCAUUGUAAGCUUUCAGACAAUGAAUUCAGUCUUGCGUAUAAUUUUUGCACUUAACCGAAUGGCAGUGAUAUUUUUACUACCUGAGAUGUCCUUACAUCUCUUCAGGUUGGUGACAUUGGUUUGGCUCAAAGCUCUACCUUGUACGUCAGAGUUUUACUGAUUUAAUAUCUUAAAAAGCAAACAGUUGCCAGUAUGGUUUUCCAUUCAUGUAGUUACUGACCUAGUUAGAACAACGACACACUCGCAGUGAAAAACAAACGCUGUAUGUCAAUAAAAGGAGACCUCAGUCUGUGGCAAACAGCCAUUUCACAAGGUCGGAGUUCACUGGGCACCAAACAGAGGGAGAACUGGGAAGCUGUCCAAGAAAUUAACAAAAUGACCAAUUCUGGCUAUAGUUUUUAUAGUUUGCCCUGAAGAUCUGUGUUGCCGGGAGGGUAUUUACCAUGGUAACGCAAGCUCUGUGUCCUCUUCCCCUCGUUUUAUGAACCACUGCUGUGGACCUAUACGUCCUAGACUGACAUCUUGUUGAAAAAGGCUUGUCAGUGCUGCUGACUUUAGUGCAGCAGAGGUUUGUACUUUGCUUUGUUAUUUCAGCGUUACUGGUUGCCGUAAAAAAAAAAGAAAAGAAAAGCGCAUUACCUCACGUGGCCACUGUACUCCACAUGUUGGCUCGUUUUGACGAUUUGUUUUCUGACAAGGAGGACUUGAAGGGAGCAAUGCUAACAUAUACAACAGUGUAUCAUGUCAGUAAGCUGAGGAAGGUUUAUAGGACAUGCUUGCAGACAGGGAGACACUGUUUGACAUACUGACAUCAGCCUUGCUAAAGUGGCUUAUUUUAAUUAAAGUCUGGUUAUGUUCAUGUUGUGAAUUAUGCUGAAAAGUCAUCAUCAGACCAGUUCUCCAAGAUCACAAUGCCCAGGAGUUAUACUUUUUUUUUUUUAUGUUAUUGCAAAUUGUAUAAAUAAUUUUUUAUGUUUUAUUUGAUUGUUUUGUGGUAAGAUUUACUGAGAAGAUUGGAAACAGUUCCAGGUCAGAAAGAGACAUUGAUGCAGUAUUACAUUAGUAGAUUUCUGUUACUGCUAUAUAUUUUUUUAUAUAAAUGUUUGUCAUUAUCAGAUUUCUGAAGAUUGGGAAGAAUGCAGUAUAUUUUGUUCAUUAGUUUUAGGUUUGUUAGGAACAUAUGUACAGAUCAGCAGAAUCCAGAUGUGUUCCUAUGGGGGAGAAAUGAAUGUAAAAUUUACUGACAUCUGAAUAUUGCUAAUAUUUGAGGGUUUUUGAAAUGUACCAUCCCUCAGUUAACACUACAUAUAGAAGAAGUAUAACAUUACCUAGUAUUUCACUGCAUGCCACAGGUAUACAUAUUUCCUUUUUUGGGAGCAUGGUUUUAGAAAGUGUAAUAAUAAUAAAACCUAAUUAAAUGCC